AUGUGCGCGGAGAAACCGGGCUUCAGUUUCGUGACGCCUGCGUGGCGGAGAAAGUUCUGGCUGCACGAUCGAGACACGGACUUCAUCAACCUCUUGUGCCUGGGCGAGGAGCUCCCAACCUACGCAGAGGCAAUCCGUUUGCCAAUGGAGCCUUGCAGCAAAUACUCGGCAGGCAAACAUCCUCCGCUGCCGCCUGGGUUUCAUUCGGGCCGCGGCUGGGACGCUAAAUCGCUGUAUUGCCGAUUUGUGAAGACGUUUUACGAGCGCAACGUUUCCAUCUAUCAUUGGGACGAUUCCUACACGCUCGAUUGGCCUUCGGGCUUCCUGCACGACUUUCCGUAG